CGCGUGUACGGUGGCCCCUUCUUUCAUUCUCUCGGUUGUCUCGGGGUCUCCGCGAAGGACUUGCUUCGCACUUUCUUAUAAGUAGAGGUGGCGACUCCACAAAUUUCAGUUAAUUCCACACCCCCGAUCGUGGAGGGGCCUUUCCAGGUCCAAUCUACCGUGCGCAGCGAGAUAGAAAAAUUAAAAAAAAAAAAAAAGAACAAAAAAACCAACAGGUCCUUCGUGAUAAGUGUGUGUGUUAUCGAGAAAUGUGGCAAAAAAACGACGGAGACACCUCACUUUGAUACGCAAUUUGGUUCUUUCUUGAUUCAUUGUUCACAUCUGUAUUACUUCCGAACGCCAAGAUGUUCACCAACAUCAUCCAGAAGUUGAAGUUCUUGUACAAGCCCUACGCUCUGGCAGUGGUGUCGAUCGGCUACGUACUGGGGGAGUUGGGACAUUACCUCAUCGGUGUCACCAGCAAGGCGACCGCCAUAGAUCUACACUACGGCGACAUAUCUUGUCAGUUGAACAGCACCGAAUUCUCCCUCGUCGAUUUGCCGACCCAGUGCGAAGCUGCGAACAAUUCCGACCAUUGUACGGGGCUCAAUCUAAAUGGCUCCAAUUACUGCGAGUGGAAUUACAAUGGACUGGGUCUGGACUAUCAGAUUUUGGCUGGGCCAAGUUUUAUCGCGGUCUUUACGAUAGUUGGAGUCAUUCUGGGUGUCGCCGCUGACCGAUUCAACAGAGUGAAGAUGCUCGCCAUAUGCACUCUGAUCUUCAGCAUAGCGAUCAUCCUGAUGGGGUCCGUCAAAGAAUACUGGCAACUCGUUAUCCUGCGUAUGGUCCUCGCUGCAGGAGAGGCCGGAUGCAACCCUAUGUCGACUGGUCUGCUUUCCGAUUGGUUCGAAGAGGAGCAACGCGGUCUCGUGAUGUCCAUUUUCAACUGGGGCAUCUAUGGGGGCUAUGGGAUUGCCUUUCCCGUUGGUCGAUACGUUCCCCAAAUGAACGCUUGGGAUUUGGGUUGGAGGGUGUGCUACUACGGGGCUGGAAUACUCGGCGUGAUAAUCGCCAUUUUGACAGGACUUACCCUCAAAGAACCGGAGCGAACUACCAUCGGGGAGGAGAGCAACGCCGAUGGAAAGAAGGUCUCCGUAUGGAACGUUAUUCUUCAACCAAGAAUCAUCCUACUCUGUAUCGCCGCCAGUAUAAGACAUUGCGGUGGGAUGUGCUUCGCAUACAAUUGCGAUCUCUACUACCGAGACUACUUUCCGGAUUACGAUCUCGGUUGGUGGUUGUUCGCAGUGACCAUAGUGAUCGGCAGUAUCGGUGUCGUUGUCGGCGGUGUAGUCAGCGACAAAUUUGUCGCCAAAAUGGGAAUAAGAUCGCGGGUAGCUGUACUCGCGGUCAGUCAACUGGUAGCGACUCCCUUCGCCUUUGGAUCGGUUUACUUCAACCCCUUGUACGCCAUGAUAACCCUCGGAAUAUCCUACUUCUUCGCCGAGAUGUGGUUCGGCAUCGUGUUUGCGAUCCUUGUUGAGAUUGUGCCGCUUAGUUUGAGAUCCACGACAGUUGGGAUCUUCCUCUUCGUGAUGAACAACAUCGGCGGAAACUUGCCCAUCCUCGUUGAACCGCUGCGAAAAGUUAUCGGAUUCAGAGAGUCUCUCUACAUCUUGUACGCGGGAUUUUACGGGAUAAGUUCGAUUCUCUUCCUCUUGGCGAUGCUCGCGAUGGGCGGGCCGCUCCCUAAGGGCGAAAAAGAUAGCACCGAAAACGGAGUGGACAACAACACGUUCACCAACGACGACGGGCGGCUUUCGACCUUAGAACUUCCAAGACUGCCUGCCAGGCCCCUUAGCCACGAUAAUUCGCGAUUGUAAAUUCCAAGACUAUUCAGUUCGCACGAGUGCGAAGUUAACGGAUAAUCAUGGAUAAGAAACUUCUCGAGACGCGUACCGCCCGAUUGUAAGGAACUUGAGAUCAAGUACAACGUGAGGCUUCUAGUUCUUCGCAAAAAAUUUCAGCAACUUCACGGCGCGAUACUCGGGACUUACUCCGGCUUCGAUGACGCGCCUCGGGCAUUCGGCGUUUCAAAGUCGGGUGCCGCGGAUCUUUCAUCAACUUAUACAAGGAUUUUAUCGUUUCAUUUACAGAAAAUUAUUCGCGUAGUAAAAUUACCUACAAGCGUCCAAUUUAUCGAAAAUCACCGGAAGCCGGUAAAGGCUUUCUAAUUUCAAAUGACGUCGAAAUCACAACUAUCUUAUUUACGAUCCGAGUGGUGAUCGUUAGCUGCUCCCAUUGCGCUGUACAAUUAUUAUCGAAAUUAGUGUAGUUUUUUUAUUGUAAUCGACGCGAUGGGACUGACCUGUAAAUAUUAAUAUUAUUACUUUGAGAAUUAUAUCAUUGACAGUUUUGAUGCAUUGUCAGUUGUGUUUUCGUAAUGAAUUUUAAUGAAUGUAAUAUUUAAUAUACGUAUAUAGUGUUCGAUUA